AAAUCCAAUCCGGCAAAGUCUCUCUAGAAUUCUAGAUAUUUCUCUGACUCCUUUAUCCGGUUCGGGACAACAAUGGCGGGAAGCGUGAGAGAGACCCAACAGGCCGGAUUUACCAAAUUGCCCUCCCCCUUCCUUCUCCCAGUCCUCAUAAAUUGAUUCCGGAGGAAGAGACGCGUCUCUAGCGAGUCCAACCCCCUCUCUCUCUCUCUCUCUCCCUCUCCCUCUCCAUUGCUCUCGCCUUGGAAUGUGAGCAGAGAAUUUAAAAGUGAAUAGGAAAGGUUUUGCUCUGGUAAUUUGAACCGGAUUGCGGUGGAAUCCUCGCCGUUGAUUUGUGCAGCGAGGACUUCCGUUCGCUCUCUCUUUCUCUCUUUCGGCGGGCUGCGUGUCUUUAUGUUUAUGUUAUGAAGUUCGCCGGAGAUUGGUUUCAUUUAUGUUUAUGGAAUUCCGUUCAUCAUCAUCAUCAACAACAACAAGGUGUUUAUCUAGUCUAUAAAUCCAUGCAAUGUGUGAACAAAGAGGUUGGAAUUUGGGAAAUUUUAAUUGUGAUUGUGGAUUUUGUUUUUGUAUUUGGAAGCAGUGGUUGGUAGUAAUUGGAGCAUACAGCAUGGUUUUGACGGGGAAAAGUGACGCCGGCCGGUGCAUUUUCCCCCUCACUGGAUUGCAAAUCGGAGACUUGCAAUCGUAUCUUUCGGAUCUUAGCUUAGUGCUGGCUUCGGAAAGUAGGAAGUUCUAUAUUUUGGUGGACAAUCGGCCAUGGCUGAGAGGUUCUCGGCCAGCGCACUUCUGGCAAUUGAUGGUUACCAAGUCAAGGGAAUCUCCUUUUGCAAACACUAAAGCGCGAAAGGACAGAAAACAAGGAAAGGAUGCGAGCUCCAAGAGUGUUAAACCCAAAAAGUAUACUAGGUGGGUCUCAUUCAUCAAGGAAGAAGCAUUGUCUCGGAAGAGGGUUUUGCUACCUGUAAAGAAACUGCGCAAUUCUUUUCUUUUAAGCAGUGAGAUGCAUAGGACCUUGUAUGGUUUCAUUGUGUUUGAAGUUGCGUGGAGCAAUGUUCGAGGUAUUAAUUACUUGAAUGAGCUUCAGACUGAUACAUCACUGGCUACAGAGGCUAAAUUCAUGCAAAGAUGGGAAUUCGACAGUAUUGCUCAAGCUGCAAACUGUAUAUCUUCAUGGUUCUCAGGAACAGUCUCUGAGAAGCGACAAUUGGGAGAGUACCUGGAUUCCCUAGGAGAGGUGUUUUAUGAUGCCCAAGUAACUAUGCCAGUUGAUGUUGAAGACGAAUUUUCGUUUAAUCGUCUUUCUAUCGAGGAAAAUUCUCUUCACAGCCUCAGUAGCAACUAUAGUGUAUGCUCUCCAACCAACGACGGUAGCACUAGUGUUCCUCAUUCACCUCCUCCACCUACUGGACCUUACAAGAGAAGGAAAAUAGCAAACUCCAUUAAUAUUGGAGAUGGAGUUGAUGUAAAUUCUGAUGAGUUUCAAGAUGGCGAGACCUAUGCUAGUGACUACGAAGAUGCUGUUGAAGAUACCCAGGACAUGAAAGAUGAUAUACCAGUGAAUGUAAAGACCUAUAUGGACAGUCAAGAGGCUUUUGAUGCUACUCAGUACAGGGAAGAUGGUAUACCUGUGCAUGUUGAGACAUGUAACAGUGACUGUGAAGAUGCUGUUGAAGCUACUCAGUACAGGGAUGUCUUGAUUUUGUUCAGGUUCAAUGACCAUGAUCUCCCGUUUAAACUCAGGGAUAUAAUAAUGUCUGAUCUCCGGUUAUUGACCUUGCUAGAGGCUGGGCUUCCUUCUUGGGCUAUCUUCCUUCAGUCUUACCCAGGGUUUUGCAAAAUUUAUCGCCCGUGGAUGUGUCCUCUUGCAAGAGCUUUAUAUGUGGUGAUCUCAGUUGCCACCGUCCUAAUUGGAUUUUAUGACCUGUACAAAAAUGUUCCAGUUCUCAAGGUAACUGCAUCUCGUAUUUGUGGGCCUCUAUUUGAUUGGAUAGAGACCUGGUCGAUGGUAACAAGGAUCAAAUACUUGGGAACAAUGCUAUUUCUGCAUCACUCUCAGAAGGUUGUUCAGUGGUUCUUGACUAUCAGGAGUACCACUCGAUCCUUUUUUUCAGUUUUUGCCCGGCCGAUGUUCGAACCUUUCGUAGAGUGCUUUAGUUUCCUUCUCCCAGUUUGGAAUGUGUUUUUUGAGGUAUUGGGGAGCAUCUGUACAAUGAUUUUGUUUCUGAUUGAGUCUUCUUGCAAUAUAGUGGAGAACCUGGUGGAGGUUUUACUGUUUCCAAUAUGGUUUUUCCUGUCGUCCAUCUGGAGCAUUGCCACUUCUGUCAUAUAUCCUAUAUUUGGGAUGCUGUGGGCAAUACUCUAUGCUCCAAUUCACAUGUUUCUUGCACUAGCCAAUUUCAUUGCCUUUCUUUUUACUUGUAUAUAUGACACUCUUCGAGAUACAUGGAAGUUUAUUGGCAGCAUAUUCCAGUUUGCUUCAGCCUCUCAGGCAACAGUGAGGACUGUUGAAGUUUCCAUAUGGCGUUCACUUUGGAAUGACCUCUUUUCACAGAUUUUCCGUGCUCUUAGGAGUAUAUUAAACGGUUUUGUUGCAUUCUUCACAGCUUGUAACAGGCAUCGGCUGAGCAUCUAUAAUCAUAUACAAGAGUUUAACCAAAGAUUACUAAAUCGAACCAAAAGAUCACGGCGUGAAGAUUCCAGACGUAGCAGGCAGACCAUUGAGGCUCAGCAGCUGCAGUUAAAAAUGAGGAGGAAAAUUGCCCAUAAUUAGGGUUUGCACAAUCAAUGCGGAAUCAAUCUGGAUAUACUGUAUAUACACAGCUUUAACGAUGUAUGAUAUGUGUUUUGGCCCUAAAGGGAAAAGCAAGAGUUGUAGCAAACGAGAAAUGCAUUACUCACCAUACGAAGAGCUUCAUUUUUCACAUUCUUUGUAGUGUUAGCUGCCAUUGUUUAAUUCUAUGCAGGGGCAGCCUGUAUAUUUUCAUUGUACAUAUAUGAUAAGGAAUUUUGGUAUUGUAGAUCUUGCUUAUUUUGAUCUUUUAACAAAGCGGGUUUGCUUUUAACCGCCCAGUUCUUGAA